AUCUGGCGCUGCAGCGCGCUGGCGGCCCCUGCUGCCCGGAGGUCCGCCGAGCACCGAGCCCCGAGUUACUGCGGCCUGAAGAAGCGUUCAGCUCGGUCCGGCUCGGCUUGGGGCGCCUCCCGCUCCUCGUCUCCAGUAUGGCGAUGCACAACAAGGCGCAGGCACCGCAGAUCCCGGACACCCGGCGGGAGCUGGCCGAGCUGGUGAAGAGGAAGCAGGAAUUGGCGGAGACUUUGGCAAACCUUGAACGGCAGAUCUAUGCCUUUGAGGGAAGCUAUUUGGAAGAUACUCAGAUGUAUGGGAAUAUCAUUCGAGGAUGGGAUCGUUAUUUAACCAAUCAGAAAAACACCAACAGUAAGAAUGAUCGAAGGAACAGGAAGUUUAAAGAAGCGGAACGUCUCUUUAGCAAGUCCUCUGUUACCUCAGUAGCAGCAGUCAGUGCUUUGACUGGUGUCCAGGACCAACUGGUGGAAAAACGUGAACCAGGCAGUGGGACAGAAAGUGACAAUUCACCAGACUUCCAGAACCAGGAGAAUGAACCCAACCAGGAGGACACUGAGGAAUUGGAUGGGUCACACCUGCAGGGCGUGAAACCUCAGAAAGCAGCCUCCUCUACGUCAUCCAGCAGUCACCAUGGGAGUCACAAGAAAAGGAAAAAUAAAAACCGUCACAGCCCAUCUGGCAUGUUUGAUUAUGACUUUGAGAUUGAUAUCAAGCUGAAUAAAAAGCCAAGAAGUUUUCAAAAUAACAAAAAAGGAAAGGGGCGCGAAGCUAUGGCUUGUUGACAGUCAUCAUUAGGAAAGGAUUACUAAAGGACCUUUGCCAGUUGCAGAUGCCAAGAUCAAAGUUUAAGGAACAUGGACAUAAAACAAAACAUUAAAAUCGAGUUGCUUCAGGCAUUUGCCAUGAUUUUAACUGAUCUCUACUGUAUGAAGGCAGCCUUGCCUCCUCCUGGUGUUCGAGGCCACACAUUGCGUCUUUAUCAGCUACAUCUGAUUUGUGUUCAUUUGGACGUCACUGUUUGAUUACAGCCCAUUUGUUUGUUAUUUGUACAAGUAAGGCAUCCAUUGGGUUUUAUAACCAAUUUAAAUUGUCAUGGGGUGAGGGGAAACUGGGGAAUUAAUUGGUCGAUUUUAUGUCUGUUGUGACUCAGUUUAACUAUUUGAUGUUACCUGUGACAUUUAUGUGAGAUUGUAUUCUACAUAGUGUGUUUAAUUUGGUAAAAUUCAAAUUUUAAAUCUCUUAUUGGAAGUUCCUGUUUCACUUUGAGUACAAAUGGUGGUUUAUUUUACUUUGUCCUGAAAUUAAUUUGAAAUAAUUUCUUCUGUGCUGGAUUGUGCCUUUACAGAUUUUGUAUACAGGCACAUUGUUCUCAUUUUGGGGUCAAAGCCUUGUGGAGCUGUGAGUGUGAGAAAAGCACAGAAGGCCAUAAUCUCCAGAUAUUUCUAAAUGGACUCAAUGGAGUUAGAUUUAAUAGCAACAUGUGGUUUUAUUUUUUUGAACCCAUUAUAUUUUUUGUGCUUUGGAUAUUGUAUGUAUAAAUAUUACCUUUUUAAUUUGUACAAUUAUGACAUUUUUUGGACACAUGGCUUUAUUAUUUUUUUUAAAGAAGGAAAAUGGAUUUGUGACCAUUUUGUAUUA